AUAUAUACGAAAAUAAAAUAAAAAAGUACGGAGGAAAGUUGGAAGUGUUUAGUUGUGUUUGAGUGCGUGUAUUUGUAUAAAAAGAAAAGGCAAAGCUAUCGAUAAUAAUGGCAGAUAAUAAUCGAAGUUCAUCCGAUUCUGAGUUGGGUCCUCCGAAGGCCGAUUUUAGCGCACCUCCGCCUUAUGAACUGACCAAUAGUCAUCAGAUCAUUGUUUCUUCGACACAUAAUCAAGUGCCGAUGCAAGUGCAUAUGCCAGUUGCAUCCGCAAGCGAUGAUGGGAAUUUCAUACAAACACAGCAGCAGCAUCAGCAUCAGCAACAGCCUGAACAACAGCUUUUGCAAAAUGAAAUACCAUUACAUCAAAGAAAAUUGCCAACUUAUGAAGAAGUUCAAAUGGAGAAAUCUUUAAAUGGCGAAUUGCCGCCUGGAUUUCUAACAGCACAUACAUUACAACCGCCACCACCACCACCUCCACCCAAUCCUUUACUUGCCAAUAUACGUGAUAGCAAUAGUCGUACAUCGAGAUCGAGCGGUACUGCACCGGCUCUAACAUUUAUCGCAAUCGAUGCGUCCGAAGCUGAGAACUUAACAAACAGUACGGACAACAAUUUAUUGGGCACCGACAUUAUGUUUAUCGCAGCAUUUAUGGUCGCUUUUCUUUUUAAUUGGAUCGGUUUUCUUAUGUUGACCUGUUUCUGUCAUACAAUAGCUGCUCGCUAUGGCGCUCUAUCCGGUUUCGGUUUAUCUUUGGCCAAAUGGACAUUGAUUGUAAAACAUUCUACCGACUUGGCAUCGCGAGAUAAUUCCUGGUUGUGGUGGUUGAUAAUGGCUUUUGGCUUUCUAAUUUGCGUACGCGCCUUAAUGCAAUAUGUCAGCAUUAAGCGUACUUGGUGUUUAUUGUCUACAUCAGCGCAAGAACGUUUCUUCUUCUUUUAUUAAGUUUUUUCAAAGAAAAAAAAAAAAAAAAAGGAAGAGCUUCUCAAACGACCCAAUUACUCAUAAUUUAUUUUUAUCUAGAAGCACAGAUUUAUCUUUGAAGAAUUAUUGCUUUUACGUUUUCUUUUCUCUCCUUUUUUUUGUUUUUUUUUUUUAGAAUUUUUAAAUGUAUUUAAAUAAAUAUUUA